CAAGCGGCUCGCCUCAUUCCACUUCUUUCUCAGCAUCCAUUCUGUGAGAGCCGAUUCCGGAGAGGAGAGAGCUACAUAACAGGCAAACUGGAGGAGGAAAAAGGAGAAAAAUCCACUGAGGAGGGAGGAUAUUGAGGAAAAUAACACAUCAUCGGGUCUCACUUGUGUCCACUUUCACGUCCUAUAGCUUUGGCAGAGGUCUCUGAAAGUUUCCAUCCGGGGGGGGACACCCUCCCCUUGUUGUGGGGAUGAUCAGCGGAUGCUGAAUUUCAGUCCUGAAGGCAGGAGGAGGAGGAGAGCUGUGAAGACCGGCUGGAUUCACUUGCAGCGGCGCUGGUAGUGCGCACCAACGAGAGAUCCUACAGUGCCUCAUCCAGUCUCUCAGACGGGCAUGUUCCUGUAGAAUACAUAACAGUAUUUCACUGUGCCAAGUGGAAUAUCAAGAGGAAACCACCCAAAAGAAAUGCACUGGGAAGUAAAGGGGAUUGGAUUAUGUACAGAGUCAAUGAAGGACAUCCACAUCCUGCUCAGAAGAAAUAAGUUCGGAGCAGAAAAGGCGUUAAUUGGAUUCUGAUUGUAUGAGACACUUGGAGGAUUUUCUUCCCUUUCACAUUGUUUAGGAGCAGUAAGGAUCUUCAGACCGCUUGUUUUUGGACUAUAAGGCUCUCUGGAUGUUAUUCCAAGACUGAAUCCGUGUAGGCACCUCUUCCGCUCUCCUGGCAGGAAGCAGACAUGUUCUUUGCCUCUCUUCCAGUAUGACCCUGGAGUUAGUGACCUGUGAAUAGAGUCACACUGGGGAGAGGACUUCCUUGCCUCUGUAGCAGUGUAUGGACAUCUGACAUUGGGAAGCCCAGCAGCACUCAGCAAGCGGGACCUCAUGCGGUUCCACGCAGGAGGUCCGGAACAAUCUGGGCUUGUGACCUCACCUCAAAAGAAAAACAAGCAGCGAGCACAUCCAUGACAAGUCUUUUGGCCUCCCGAUAAAACUACUCGAAUAGGGAGGACCACAACAAAAGAAGAGAGUGAAGAAUAGGCCAUGGCUGAGGGGAUGAUUGCUUCUCAAAGUGAACCGUGACACAAUGAUCGACUGUAUGAGCAAAGUCAUGCUGCACGCGGUCGUCUCAUGCUGGCAACCAUUCCUGGGACUGGCCCUCGUGGCUGUCUUUGUGGGUUCCACCCUGGGAUGUCCCUCCCGCUGCGAGUGUUCGGCGCAGACCAAGGCAGUCGUCUGUCACCGCAAGCGCAUGCCCACCAUCCCGGACGGCGUCCCGACGGAGACCAGGAUCCUGGACCUGAGUAAGAACAAGCUGACAAUGAUCAACCCUGAUGACUUUAUUAACUUUCCUGGGCUCGAGGAACUUGACCUCAGUGGAAAUAUAAUCAGUUAUGUUGAACCUGGAGCUUUCAACGCCCUGUACACCAUGCACUCGCUCAGUCUUAAGAGCAAUCGCAUCAAGCUCAUUCCUCUGGGCGUCUUUACAGGCUUAACAAAUCUGACCCGACUGGAUAUAAGUGACAACAAGAUCGUUAUCCUCCUGGAUUACAUGUUUCAGGACCUGCACAAUCUAAAGUUUUUGGAAGUUGGAGACAACGAUCUGGUUUAUCUUUCUCACCGUGCGUUCAGUGGACUAUUGAGCCUGGAGAUGCUAACCUUAGAGAGGUGCAACCUCACAGUUGUACCCACUGAGGCCCUUUCCCACCUGCACAACCUGGUCAGCCUCCAUCUACGAUACCUCAGCAUCAGCACUUUGCAUCCCUACUCAUUCAAAAAGUUGUUCCGGCUUCGGCACCUAGAAAUCGAUAAUUGGCCCUCACUUGAUCACGUGCCAGCCAACACCCUGCAUGGCCUCAACCUGACCACCUUGUCUAUAACCCACACUAACUUGUCCUCCUUCCCAUACCAAGCCAUGAAGCACCUGCCCUACCUGACACACCUCAACCUGUCCUUCAACCGCAUCCGGCACAUUGAAGGGGGUAUGCUAAUGGAACUAGUUCGGCUACAGGAGCUCCAUCUGGUUGGAGCUCAGCUCACCGCCAUUGAACCGUACGCCUUCCAGGGUCUUCGGGGACUCAAAGUCCUCAAUGUCUCUCACAACCGACUGGAUACACUGGAGAAGGGCGUGUUUCAGUCUCCCGAGGCUCUGGAGGUUCUUCUGAUUGACAACAACCCCCUGGUGUGCGACUGUCGUCUCAUGUGGAUCCUACAGAAAAGGCAUUCCAUCUUCUUUGGGGAGUCGCAGCCAGAGUGCAGCACACCUGAGGGUAUUCGUGGUAGACCUUUUAAGGAGUUCAAGGAGACCCUCCUGUCUUACUACGUGACGUGCACAAAGCCAAAAAUACGCGAGAAUAAGACACAAACAAUCACUGUGGAUGAGGGCCAGCAGGCGAUGUUGCGUUGCAGUGCUGAGGGGACACCGAGGCCUGUCGUGUCCUGGCUGUCACCUCGUCGAAGAGUCUUGACAAGUAGGAACCACGGUCGAGUUACUGUCCACAACAAUGGCACACUGGAGAUCAAGUCGGCAGAGGUACAAGACAGCGGAGUGUAUCUUUGUCUUGCCUCCAACACUGCUGGGAACGACACCCUGAUGACUUCACUGGCGGUUAAAAGUCUGGGAAUGCUGUACGCCAACAGGACCCAGUACUACAUAGAUCCCAGUAAUACCACUGCCAAUGGGACGACCGGUGUGACCCUCGGUUUAGACCUAAAGACUAUUUUAGUGUCAACAGCUAUGGGUUGUUUCACCUUCCUGGGAGUGGUCUUGUUUUGUUUCUUGCUCCUUUUCGUCUGGAGCAGAGGCAAAGGGAAGCAUAAAAACAACAUAGAUGUUGAAUAUGUGCCUCGGUCAAAGUCCAACGGCACUAAUGUUGACUCUGCAGAGGGGCAAGCUGGACCCCGUCGUUUUAACAUGAAAAUGAUGUGACUUCUUUUUUUAAAAAUCCAAGAUUAUGGAUUAUGGAAACACCCAAAGUACAAUGUAUUUUUGAAAAUAGGACUACUGAACUGAGCUGUUUCGGGGCAUCAUAACAUAGAAGAGCAGUACCUAAAAUCACUGGAAGUCAACAUAAUGCUUGAAUACUGUGUUUCAUAUAUCGGAAAUUGUGGUGGGACAUUUCCCUACAGAGCUGCCAGCGGGCAACUUCUUCAAAGUGGAUACAGAGUGAAACUAUUGGCACCAUUGGGACCUGAAGGGGAUAGGUGUCAUUUAUCAGCUUUUUGAAAUUUAUAUGCCCCAAAAGAACAUUCAGUUUUGGGUUGGAUCUAAAGACUCUGCUGAACCAUGUACAGUACAAAUUUGUAUCUAAGCUAUUAACCUACUUUGUUUAGUCUUGCGCCAUGCUUAUUCCAAGAACAAAUCAAUGAAACAGUCCAUUAUUUCCUAUGUUCAAUACUUUGCAUAUGUGUACCUAAUACUUCAUUAUGUACAUGGUCGUACAUACUCAUUCAAAAGGACUAUUCACAGCAAUAUUCAUGAGACGGGUUAGCCAAAAUUGAUAUUCCCCACGUGUUAAGCAAGAACAUUCUUCAGACUUCUGGAUUCAGGAAGGGCUUCUAUGGUUGAUUAUCCGUCCCUGCUCCCCCAAAAUUGACUUCUAGAUAUUAACAAAUAUAUAUUAUUUAUCUGUGAGGAUAAAAGAAAAAAUAUUUUAUUUAUAAAAACAUGUUGGGCAAACAAAAAUCAGUCCUCCAACACUGUUCAGGAUCUAAUAUUAUACUUGGAUCAUCAUAAAGAUGAGCCAGCAUUGAUCAAGUACCUACAUGAACCACCUUUUUGUCCUAUUUUUGUCUCUUUUUUAUUACUUUAACUGUACUUUUGCUGGUUGGCAAAUUACAUGUGUCAAUUUUAUUAUUACAGUGACAUUUACAUAAUUUUCCCCAGUAGGAAAUUUGGACUUUGUUGUGGUAGUUCCUCAUUUUGUUGUUGAAUCAUUUAGAUUGUGAAAACUUCAAAGUAAAAGUAAAAAAAAUGUAUGUGGAAAUAAAUGAAGAUGUAUUUGUA